CUCUCCAAUCCUCAUCUUUCCUGCACUAUAUAUGUUCGCAACUAAACCGCGCAAAACCCUAAUCCACUUCCCUGAAACAGAUAGAGAGAGCCAUAAGCAAAGAGAGGCAAACAAUGGCCGACAGAGGUGGCGCCGACCGAGCUGGUGGCGAGAGAGGCCGCCGUGGAUUUGGGGGACGAGGAGGCGACCGGGGAAGGGGUCGUCGCCGCGGUCCCCGCCGCGAGGAGGAGGAGAAGUGGGUCCCUGUGACCAAGCUCGGCCGCCUGGUGAAAGAAGGCAAGAUUCGAAGCUUGGAGCAAAUCUACCUACACUCGCUCCCAAUCAAGGAGUACCAGAUCAUAGACACCCUCGUCGGCCCUGGCGUUCUCAAGGACGAGGUCAUGAAGAUUAGCCCCGUCCAGAAGCAGACCCGUGCCGGACAGCGCACCAGAUUCAAGGCCUUCGUCGUCGUCGGCGACGGGAACGGCCACGUCGGAUUGGGUGUCAAAUGUAGUAAAGAAGUUGCCACUGCAAUUCGCGGCGCUAUCAUUCUAGCGAAGCUAUCUGUGAUUCCCGUCAGGAGAGGGUACUGGGGAAACAAGAUCGGGCUGCCCCAUACGGUGCCGUGCAAGGUCACCGGGAAAUGUGGCUCCGUCACAGUCCGGAUGGUGCCUGCUCCACGUGGUGCUGGGAUCGUCGCAGCUCGCGUGCCCAAGAAGGUUCUGCAGUUUGCUGGGAUUGAGGACGUUUUCACUUCCUCCCGUGGAUCCACAAAAACCCUUGGCAAUUUCGUAAAGGCUACUUUUGAUUGCCUCCUGAAGACUUACGGGUUCUUGACGCCUGAUUUCUGGAAGGACACCCGGUUCACCAAGUCACCUUUCCAAGAGUACACUGAUCUUCUAGGAAAGCCAACCAAGGCCCUUAUCCUCGAAGAUGUAGAGAGAACUGAGGCUUGAUGUUGAGUUUCUGUAAGAUGAGAUUAUAUACUAGCAGUCUUGAAUACUUGGUAGCUUCUUCAGAACAAUAAUCUCGUCAAUGUUCCUCUGUUCGCGCAUGUUUGUUUAGAGAAAAUUUUGAAUUCUAUCUUCGUGGUCAUAACUUUGUUUCUUUUCACUUCAAUCAAAAUUUUGAUGGUCUAUAGCUCGGAUAUGGGAAUUCUGUGCUCCCUCUUCAUCAAUUAACUUCCGAAAACUUUCCUUCUCUGUUCUUUUGCCCCUUUUUCACUUGCUACUGACUACUAAAUUAUCG